CCUGGGCCUCAGAUACCCUUCUCUCCCGGACAGAGGAGAGAUCCAGGCUCAUUCCACCACGCCGCUGUCUUCUGGAACCAACACCGACUGCCUGGGCAGCCCGAAGAAGAGAGACCCCGAAAAAGCGGUCAUUUCAGGGAGGCUUUUAGGGACGAAUUGACUGCAGGCCUCCUCUCUUCUUUCUCCGCCCCCCACUCCAGUGUUUAGUGCGUGCUCUCGGGCCAGCGCAGAGCUCUCCUCAGCUCGGUCCAGCAGGGCUGGGUUCCCUGGACUCAAGUCGCCAGCAGCGGGAGCCUGCGAUGGCCCGGCGGCCCAGCCUGGAGUCCCUGGAGGACCAGCUCCUGUGCCCGGUGUGCCUGGAGUUGUUCGCCGAGCCCCUGAUGCUGCAGUGCGGCCACUCGUACUGCAAGUGCUGCGUGCGCUCCAUGGCCAUUGACCAGUUCGGCCAGCUGCAGUGCCCAGUGUGCCGCUGCGAGGUGGACGGAGACAGCCCCCCGCCCAAUGUCACGCUGGCGAAGAUCGUGGACGCGCUGCGGGAGCUGAGCGGCUCACAGCCCGAGGCCGAGGUCUGCCCGCAGCACCACAACCCCCUGAGCCUGUACUGCGAGGAGGACCAGACCGUCAUCUGUGGGCUGUGCGGCAGCAUCGGGGCUCACCGGGGCCACAGGAUCACCCCACUGGGCAGCGUCUACAGCCGCAUGAAGGAGGACGUCUCCUGCCUGAUGACGGAGCUGCAGACACAGCGGAGGAAGCUGGAGGAGCAGAUCUGUAAAAUGGCUUACAACAAGUCUCGCAUCACUAACGAGUCGGAUGUGUUCAAGUGGGUGAUCCGGAAGGAGUUCGGGGAGCUGCGGCGCUACAUUGAGCUGGAGGAAGCCGACUUCAUGCAGGCGGUGGAGAGCAAGGCGGCCAGCCUCAUCGCCUCCAUCCAGAGCCAGGUGGACGACAUGACCCAGGUCCUGGCUGGGCUCCAGGAGGCAGAGGGCACCCUGGAGAGGCUGAACAACGAGAGCCACCUGGGCUUCAUCACGAAAUAUGGAUCUAUUGCCCCUAGGCUCAGAGAGUCACAGCAGAAGCAGCAGAGAGGUGAGCGGACGUACAGCGCCAUCACCUUCACACCCGGCUUUCAUCACAACGACAUCAAGAUCUCAGUGUGGAAGAGGCUGCACAGGAGAGUCCUGCCAGCCCCGGAGUGUCUGAAGCUGGACCCCCUGACCGCCCACCCCAUGCUGCAGCUGAGCUGUGGGGAGACAGUGGUGGAGUGCGGCACGGAGCCCUGCCGCCUGCCCCCCAACCCCGAGCGCUUCUGCUACAGCCACUGCGUGCUGGCCAGCCGGGGCUUCUCCUCGGGGAAGCACUACUGGGAGGUGGUGGUGGAGGACAAGCCCAGGUGGCGCCUGGGGCUCAUCAAGGGCACCACCAGCCGCAGGGGCAAGCUGGUCAAGAGCCCGGAGAGCGGCGUCUGGCUCAUCGGCCUGCGGGAGGGGCGUCUGUACGAGGCCUUCGCCAACCCCCGCGUGCCCCUGCCCCUGUCCGCCCGGCCCGCCAGGAUUGGCAUCUUCCUGGACUACGAGAAGGGAGAGCUGACCUUCUACAAUGCGGACAGCAACCAGGAGCUGGGCUUCAUCUACAGCUUCCAGGCCGAGCUGCAGGGGAAGGUGUACCCGCUGUUUGACGUGUGCUGGCACGAGAGGGGUGCCAACAAGCACCCCCUCAUCCUUCCUCAGCCCCCUGCGGGGAAGUAGCCUGGUGCCCGUCCCUGGAGCUUGGGAACUGGCCACCCUCCUGUCUCCGAAUGCUGGAUUCUGCAGUUUUUAAUUACCAGCUAAAUUCCAAGAGGGUAAUUUCGACCUAUUAAGCCAAUAAUAGCUCAUUAGUAAUUACAGUAAUUUAGAGCUGGGGGUGGAAUUGAAAGCCUGCAGCUCUGUGGGGGAAAGGGACUGGAUUCCGGGCUGAGCUGCUCUGUUUUUGUGUGGCUGGAGGGUCUAGGCCAAGACUCACAGACUAAGAAAUUGAUUGAAAGAGGCUCAGGAUUCCUGGAAGAUCACCUGCAUUUUUUUUGGUUUAACCUCAAGGUUAUAUAAGUGUAGAUUAGUUUUAUUUUCCACUAUGACGGCUUUUAAAGAAGAAUCCUGUUUCUCUAUAAGAUCUGAGGUGUAUAAAAUGAACAGUUUAAGAGGAUCAUCCAUCCUUCCAUUUCCUCACCGCUUUAGCCAGCACAAGGGGCCUGGAGAAGCAGAGCUGGAGCUCAUCCCAGCAAGGAGGGGUUCACUCUAGACGGGACACCAGUCCACCCCAGCAAUCACACAGACAAACACACCAGGGCCAGUUUUCCCAGAAGCCAAUUAAACUACCAUGGAUAUCCGCUAGGUGGCGGCAUUGUCUUCAGUUACGCAACUAGUGGUUUAAUUGGUAAUAACGCCUUACUAGUGCACUAAAAAAGCUUGACCUCACGCUUUAAUCUGGAUCAUUAGCUUAAUCACUAAGAUUAAUGAAGAUGGUUGUAUGAAUUGUAUUAUAGAUUUUAUUAAAUGUAACUGGUUGCAAGAAGAAACAUUUCAAGACAAAGGCACCGAUUCUUAGUUUUUGGAUCAUGGUUAGGCAGGACUGGUCAAUGUGGAGUCUAGGGACAGUCUCAGGCGGUGUGUGUGGUCCUGCUGGAAGCAACACAGGCUCCUGUUCCUCUUCCAGAUCGUGGACAAGGAUUCAAACAACAGGGAGUCAGUCAUUCUGCCCAUCUUGUUCAUUUGGAAGUCACACUUAGUUCAUCAUAUUUGUCUAGUUGUUUUGUAAAAGUGCCCAAAGUUUGUGUUUCAACCACCUGAUUGGGAAGCCUGUUCCAGAUAUACACCUCUUUGUGUGAAGACCUUUCCUGCUCUCCAUCCUGUUUGAAUUCUGUUUCAGUUUGCAGUUGUGACCUGUCCUGAUUUCAUGACAUGUGAAAAGCCCCCAGGGCAGACCUGUCUUCAUCUACACCCCUAGUAUAACUAAUGUAUAACCAGCUAGAAAUAUCCAUCUUAUCUACUGAAGCUUAAAAUACUUUAACUUGUCUGUGUGAUACCAAGAUCAUUCUUUUCAUUCAUUUUGAAUAUAACGGUUCAAUAUUUUGAUGGUGUCGUGACAAAAACUGAACACGCAUAAGUGAGGUUUUACUAGAUCUUUGUAAAGCUUAAGCAUAACUUUCUGAAUUUUAAUUCCACUCUUCUUGCUCUAUACCCAAGCAUUUUGCUUAUUUGUUGUUUUACAAUAUUGUCUUGAUGCAGUUGUUUUCUAAGUAGUCUCCUGCUCUAGCACCAAAGAUCAUUUCCCAUAAUUCACCUGUUGCAGAAGUCAGACUGAUUGAUCUUUAUAACAAUUGUCUUAAAAACAUCAAUCUGGUCAUCCAGGAAUAGACUGAGUUUUCUAAUCCUUAAAGGACUGCAUGGAGACUGGAUCUGAGCAUCAGAAAUCCUGAAAGGCACCACCACUGUUGAUUGAAAUGGUUUCCAUCAUGGCCAAUUUUUAACAUGAGGUUGAAAACUUGGUGCUUGGGAAGUCCACGACACAGUUUGAGCAGAUUCUUCAACAGCUAAACAAGGCUAACCAGAAAGCUGCAGUGUCUCUCUCUUCCAAACGUCUCUUGUGCUCUCGGUUUCAUAUCAGUCCUUGUAUAUACUGUAUAUUAUGUGCAGAAGCACCCGAGAAGAACUAUAAGUAGAACUGGAACCCCUGGAUUUAAAUAUCUCUGUAUUUUCCACUUAUAUGCAUUCUACACCAGUACAUAGACUAUGGCUUCUGUUAAUAUUUGCGCAGCAGCCUGUGACGUGAAUGAUUGAAGUGGGUUUAGCACUUGAGAGAACACAUCUAUCUUUCAUUGUUACAGGUUUCCCACCUGCAAAAGGCCAGUACAAUUUAAGGAAAAAACCAGUGGUGAAUCUCUAAAUAUUAAGGGUUGUAAAUGUUUUGUACUGUGUGUACUUCCAUAAAUGUAUCUUGCUGUAAAUGAAAAUGUUUUUAUAUAACAAUGUACCUUUUUACUCAAUGAAAGCUUUGCUUGU